UUUUGUGUUUAUUUUGUGCUAGACUUCUUUUAUUGCAUCUGGAACACCUACUGACAUAAAAUAUUUUUUUUAUUUUUUUUAAAUUCCGCUACCUAAAGGUUGUCUGGAAGAGAUCGCUUUUUAGCGAUAAGACCGCCUGUUGUUUACCUCUUCUUUAUGUGUUGUAUUAUUUGUACUGUUUCUGUAUUGAGGUGUGCAAUAAAGUGUAUUUGUAUUGUAUUGUAUUGUACCAUGCAAACUUCCACCGAAAAUUGGUUUGAACGAGAUCUAGUAAGUAGUUUUUUUAAUACGUCAUAAAUGGUACGGAACCCUUCAUGGGCGAGUCCCACUCGCACUUGGCCGCUUUUUUCUAAACUGAAUAGUGGUAAAAUGUGCCCCCCCCCUGUAACUUCUAAAAUAACAGAAUGAUAAAACUAGAAAAAAAUAUGAUGUACAUUACCAUGCAAACUUCCACCGAAAAUUGGUUUGAACGAGAUCUAGUAAGUAGUUUUUUUUAAUACGUCAUAAAAUAAAAAUAUUUUUUUUUUCAUCAAACCCAUACGUGUGGGGUAUCUGUGGAUAGGUAUUCAAAAAAUAAUAUUGAGGUUUCUAAUAUCAUUUUUUUCUAAACUGAAUAGUUUGCACGAGAUACACUUUCAAAGUGGUAAAAUGUGCCCCCCCCCCCCCCCCUGUAACUUCUAAAAUAACAAAAUGAUAAAACAAAAAAAUACAUGAUAUACUAAUGCAAAUUUCCACCGAAAAUUGGUUUGAACGUGAUCUAGUAAGUAGUUUUUUUUUAAUACGUCAUAAAUGGUACGGAACCCUUUAUGGGCGAGUCCGACUCGCACUUUGCCGUUUGUUUUUAAGUAAUGAGAAAAUUGCAUUUUAUCCACAAGGGGAGGGGCAAAAUAAUUUCAUUCAAAUCUUGCUUAGUUGUCUUAUGUUGGCUGGUGGAAUUGUUUUUAAGUGACGUUUUUAAAUCCUAUUAUUUAAUGCCGUCCAUUUGGAGUUGAUUUUAAUGUUCUUCAGUUAGUGUUUUCCUCGCGUUGGUAUGGUGAAAACGUUUGUUUUUCACUCGAUACCAAAGUUUGCUUAAUUCUUGUGCCUUGAAAUUCUUGCAACGCUCAAGAUUCGACUUUUCAAACCACUCACUACGCUCGUGGUUCAAUUUUAGCACGAGGAGUAAAACGUCGACUUUGCCACCUUGUAAAACAAAUAACAUUUUUUUCGCAAGUGUGACGAAGUGUGUAACACGGAUGGUAUUAGAAUUCUCUCCGCGUAUCGUGUUUCUAUUGACUCUAAUUAACAAUUUUACCCAUAGGUACCUCCUUAUUCCAAUGUACUAGGUAAUGUAAUGGUACAUAAAAACAAAUGCUGUAGGUACCGAUUGAAUUUGGUUGCAAGUGUACUUAGUAUUAGAACGGUGGCACGUUAUUUUAGAGGGUAAGCCAUACACUUUUUGGGACGGCAUAAAAUAACCUCUUUUUGAACAUAGGUAGGCAACUAGACACCUAUGUACCAAACUAUAAUAUAGGUACGGAAAGUCGCGGGCAAAAGUUACUUCAGUUUAUAAAGUGCAAAUGCGAUGUGCGACCUUUAAAAGGUUGCUUGGGCGGGCGCUUGGCUUAUGGAAGGGUGAUCGCCGGCAAAGCCUUUGGUCAGUAGCCGCUAUCCGCCACGACCGGCGCCGGGCAUCUCACGAAUAAAAAAAAUACAGUGCAACUACUAGUAUUUUUACAUUACGUGUGAAUUAAAUUAAAAUAUUUCUUGAAUUUUUAAGUUUUUGAGUUUUGUUUGAACGACGUUAUUAUGAGUGCGAUAUAGUUUGCAGUUACAAAAAUGACUUUAUUGUCACAAAUUUUUACCACUGAGGUGAUUGGAGGCCUACUUUUUGGAUUUUUGAGUCUGUACUUGUGGUUCCAGUAUAAGUAUACUUAUUGGUCGAGAAGAGGAGUUAGCGGGCCCAAACCAACGUUUCCAUUCGGCAACAUUAAGGAUGUUAUACAAAGAAAGUCACAGUUUUUUCAGCCCUACAUUGACAAUUACGAUAAAUAUAAACAUUUGCCGUACGUGGGCAUGUACUCAUUUCACCGGCCAGUGCUCUCCGUCAACGACCCGGAUAUAGCGAAGCUUAUUUUGAUCAAAGAUUUUGAUCACUUUCAAGCCCAUGGAAUAUUUUCUGGUGGAGAGGGCGACCCGCUGGCCGGCCACCUCUUCAAUAUGCACGGCGAACAAUGGAAAAUGUUGCGAUCGAAAAUGUCCCCAACCUUCACGUCAGGGAAGGUGAAGAUGAUGUAUCCAUUGGUGGAACACAUUGCUAAUGAAGCUCUGAAUUACGUCGACUUGCUAUAUUCAAAUGGGGAAACGGUCAACUUCACCGACCUCUACGCGAAGUACUCUAUGGAGAUCAUUGGUAGUGUUGGAUUCGGUGUGGAGUGUAACGGGUUCAAAAAUCCUAAUUCAGAAUUCUAUCUUCGAGGACAUGAGUAUUUUGAACCACAAUCCGGCUACUGGACUUUCGUUCGUGCUCUGGCAUUUUUUAUGCCCGAUUUUUUCAAGAUUUUGAAAAUCAGACGAAUAAGCCCGAGGAUAAUAAACUUCUUCUUCAGCUUAGUAAAGGAAAGUGUGGAGUACAGGCAAAAACAUUCCUACAUACGAAACGACUUUUUACAAACUUUAGUAGAGUUAAAGAACGAGCAAAAGAUGAAUGACAAAGGAGGCGCAAAAUUUUCCUUCUCUAUUGACGAUGUAGUGGCCAACACCAUGCUAUACAUGUUUGCGGGCUACGAGACCUCGGCUACGGCGGGACAGUUCGCGGCCUACGAGCUGGCAUGUAACCGCCAUAUACAGGCCAAGGCGAGGGAGGAAGUGCAUCGAGUGCUAGCCAAAUAUGACGGGAAAUGCACUUAUGAGGCGCAGAAUGAAAUGGUUUAUUUGAACAUGGUGAUUGAUGAAACAAUGCGGUUGCAUCCACCAAUGCGUGCUUUAUUCCGAAGAUGCACAAAAUCCUACAAAAUGCCCAAUAGCGAUUUGGUUAUAGACAAAGGGACACUUUUAUUUGUUCCUAAUCAAGCGAUACAACUAAAUCCGGAAAUAUUUCCCGAGCCCCACAAAUUCGAUCCGGAUAGGUUUGCGCCGGAAAAUAAAUCUAAAAUGCACCCGUGCCAUUGGAUGCCGUUCGGAGAGGGCCCGCGCAAAUGUUUAGGUCUCCGCCAAGGCUACAUUCAAUCCAAGAUGGCGCUUGUUAAAAUACUAAACAAGUACGAGCUAAUACUGGACAAGAGGACCCCAGUGCCUAUGAAGCUAAAAGCCUCUUCGCUAGCUUACGCGGCGAACGGAGGCGUUUGGCUCAAACUCAGGCAGAUCUCGCAGGACUGACAAAAUAAGUAGAGCAAUAAUAAACUAAAAUAACCCACGUCCGGAAUUAGCAGUAGAUAUUUCGCUUUUUUUUCUUCUUUUUUUUAUGGCAACUAAAUUACUCAUUAAAACCAAAAUAUUUAACAUAAGAAUAAGAAUAAGAAUAAGAAUAAUAUUUAUUUCAAGAAUUUGGCAUUACAAGACCAGCAGUACAUUGAUCCCCACACUAGGCACAGCCUGUCACGUGGGAAUCUCAGAGAAGUAUCGAAAUGGUGCGGUUCUCAUUAUAACAGAAUACAUUAUUGUUAAAGCUAAAUUAAAUAAGAUUUUUUUAAUUAUAUGACUAACUAUCAAACUAAGCACAAAAACAGUUAAAAAGGUCUCAGUAAGUUGUAUGUAAGUGAAAGUGUUUAUGUGAGGGUAUGUGUGUAUAUAUGUCAGUAUGUAUGUAUGAAUAUGUGCGUGUGUAUAACUACGAAAUGUGAGAGAAAACAAAAUAAAAGAAAAGUAGCUGUAGAAGUUAUUCAUCUAUCGGGAGCAGACGCAAUUGAAUAUUGUCGUCUACUACAGUCAUUUCAAAAUAUCCUCUGACUCAUCAUAGUUCCAAGAAAGUAGUAGGGGUUGGAUAUGCCUUUUUGCUUCAGUUAAGUUACAGUGCCUUAUGUCGCAGAUUUUUACUAAUUUAUUGUAUAAAUGCGGAAAGAGAUAAGCCGAGAAUCUCAUAGCAAAAGCAGUUUUAACAGGGGGCUUGGGAAUUUUGUACACUCUUUUUAGUAUCAUGUCUUGUAGAUUAGGCUGACGACUGACCAUAUUGUGUACGUAAAGGGAAGCACAUAACUUACAUAACACAUGAAAACCAAAUAAGGACCAUUUUCCCAAUUCCAUUUUUCAAUUAGAAAAUACAAUUAUGAAAAUUCAGUAGUUCGGUAUCAUCAUUUAUCAAACAUAGCUAAGAACACUCUUGAUUAACUUCCACAAAAAAAAACUAGACCGGGUCCAGACCGAAUCUUGGUGAAACGUAUAAUACCCCUCUUCUUGCGUUGGGAGUUAAAAACACAUUUAUUAAAAAUGAAUAAGUCUAACCUCGUCAGGUAAUAAUUCUGGAUGUCUGGGCAUUUCAUUAUUUAUAGUUUAUUCUUGCUCUAACCAUAGUUUAUCCAACGAAAUCCGCGAGAUAAAAUAAUUAGUCGUUUUAGUGAUGUCCCGCGGUGUUGACACUUCAAAAACUCGUGUGUGACCGUCGCGUCGCUCUAAACACGUGCUGCAUGCAUAAUCAAAGGAACGAGUAGGAGUUUUACUCAACUCCAAAUAAGUCACUAUAUGCCUGGAUUACUACACUUCGCGAUAGUACAACCUGUUUGGAAUCUUAACUAAUCCGUAAUUAUAAGUGUUUUGUAAGAUUUGAAUUUUUAACGCUCAUGCCAAAGAUUAUUAAAUGUGUUUAAUGUAACCAUAACGUAACAUUUAACGAUUGUUACCUAAUUGAUUACAUUUUAUUGCAACCUAUUGACGUAGUAGGUAUAAAUAGAGAGUCCGAUUCGUUAUAAUAAAUAUAUAUUUUUAUUUCUGUCUUUGAAUGAAAAUAAAGGAUAUUUUAUUUAUGUUCAAAUAAAUAUUCAUAAGA